AUGUUGAACCUUAGUUAUGCUGUUAUUGCCUAUGGCUGUGCCAGCUGCCCAAAGCUGACCUGUGAGAGGGAAGGCUGCCAGACUGAGUUCUGCUACCACUGCAAACAAAUAUGGCACCCAAAUCAGACAUGCGACAUGGCCCGUCAGCAGAGGGCGCAGACUUUGCGAGUCCGGACCAAGCACACUUCAGGUCUCAGUUAUGGGCAAGAAUCUGGACCAGCAGAUGACAUCAAGCCAUGCCCACGAUGCAGUGCUUACAUUAUCAAGAUGAAUGAUGGAAGCUGUAAUCAUAUGACCUGUGCAGUGUGUGGCUGUGAAUUCUGUUGGCUUUGUAUGAAAGAGAUCUCAGACUUGCAUUACCUCAGCCCUUCUGGCUGCACGUUCUGGGGCAAGAAGCCGUGGAGCCGUAAGAAGAAAAUUCUUUGGCAGCUGGGCACAUUGAUAGGUGCUCCGGUGGGGAUUUCCCUCAUUGCUGGCAUUGCUGUUCCUGCCAUGGUCAUCGGCAUUCCUGUUUAUGUUGGCAGGAAGAUUCACAGCAGGUAUGAGGGAAGGAAAACCUCCAAACAUAAGAGGAAUUUGGCUAUCACAGGAGGAGUGACUUUGUCAGUCAUCGCAUCCCCAGUAAUCGCUGCAGUUAGUGUGGGUAUUGGCGUCCCCAUUAUGCUGGCAUAUGUCUAUGGGGUUGUGCCCAUUUCUCUCUGUCGUGGAGGGGGCUGUGGAGUUAGCACAGCCAACGGAAAGGGAGUGAAAAUUGAGUUUGAUGAAGAUGAUGGUCCGAUCACAGUGGCAGAUGCCUGGCGAGCCCUCAAAAAUCCCAGCAUUGGGGAAAGCAGCAUUGAAGGUCUGACUAGUGUAUUGAGCACCAGUGGAAGCCCUACAGAUGGACUCAGUGUUAUGCAGGGUCCAUACAGCGAAACAGCCAGCUUUGCAGCCCUCUCAGGGGGUACACUGAGUGGUGGCAUUCUUUCCAGUGGCAAGGGAAAAUACAGCAGGUUAGAAGUCCAAGCCGAUGUCCAAAAGGAAAUUUUCCCCAAAGACACAGCCAGUCUUGGUGCAAUUAGUGACAACGCAAGCACUCGUGCUAUGGCCGGUUCCAUAAUCAGUUCCUACAACCCACAGGACAGAGAAUGCAACAAUAUGGAAAUCCAAGUGGACAUUGAAGCCAAACCAAGCCACUAUCAGCUGGUGAGUGGAAGCAGCACGGAGGACUCGCUCCAUGUUCACGCUCAGAUGGCAGAGAAUGAAGAAGGUAGUGGUGGAGGUGGAGGUGGCAGCAAUGAAGAGGAUCCCCCCUGCAAACACCAAAGCUGUGAACAGAAAGACUGCUUGGCCAGCAAGCCUUGGGACAUCAGCCUGGCCCAGCCAGAGAGCAUCCGCAGUGACCUGGAGAGCUCCGAUACGCAGUCAGACGAUGUGCCAGACAUCACCUCAGAUGAGUGUGGCUCCCCUCGCUCCCAUACUGCAGCCUGCCCCUCGACUCCCAGAGCCCAAGGUGCACCAAGCCCAAGUGCCCAUAUGAACCUCUCUGCCCCUGCUGAGGGGAAGACUGUCUUGAAGCCAGAAGGUGCAGAAGCCAGAGUAUGAAGUGGAUUGAAUGCUCCUGUUCUGAGAAGCACACUUGUUGUAACUGCAUCUUUUGGAAUCUUUUGGGGGGAGGGGUGGGGAUUUAUGUAUUUUAUUUCAAAGAUUCUCUGGUCACAGGUUUUCCCCAGGGAAAUUCUGGGAAAUUUGCUAUUUCUUACCAGAUAAAACAUGGAAAUUUUGCCCUUAGUCCCACCCCACCUCCCCCCUUUUUUAGUUUUAAUUUAUUGGUUAAACUGAUGGUGGCAAUCCGUGAGGUCUGUCAAAGAGUGUACAGAUGUAUGUGUGUAUAUUUUAUGUAUGCUAACAUUACUGAAGGACACAUUUUAAUAAAGAUUUCUGUCGUAAUUCAACUCA